AUGUGGUACUCGACGCGCCAAGAGGGAUUUGAUGAUCCCCGCCCGUCUCUCCGCGGGCCAUGCGUAGAUCUGCCCGGAUUCCUGUGCUGCGGCGCAAGCGGCAACUCCUACUUCCUUCGCGGAGGCUCCCUUCUCCAGGUCCUGUCCCUGUCCGGUUUGUUCGUCUCCUACUGGACUUUUGGCGGAUCUGGUCUGUUUGGAUAUGAGCUCGAAGGCCUGAGCGAGGAAGCGCGGUCUUCCCACGCGUUCCAAGUCGCCAUGGCAGUCUGGUCUGGCCUCUACAUGAUUGGCGCCUCCUACCUGGUCUGCUUCCAGGCCAUCCUUGCUGAUGACGCUUGCUGGGCUCGCGGGUACCGCGCUGGCAGCAAGAUCCUCCGCUUGGCGACCUUCCUUGAUCUGCUCAGCAGCAUCAUGCAAUUCAUCUUUUACCUGUACAUCGCGAAGUUCUACAGCGCCAAGUGGUACGCGCACUUCCUGGAGGGCGGCUCGGAGAGAAUCUUCUUUUCUUACAUCCGCUGCAUGCACUCCCUCGCUCUGCUCCUGUAUGCCUGCGCCUACUACCUCCUCGAGGUCUACCACGAUGAGGGUGCUGGUGACCUCCACGCGUACAUCAACGCCUCGUUGUUCGCUCUCGCCGGCAUUGUUGAGUUCUCCGUGCUGUUCUCUGGCAUGAGCGGAGUCGCGACCAUGUUCAUCUGGCUUGCCCUCGUUGCGGUCACCACCUGGGCAUUCUUCUUUGAGCCCGAGGUCAACGAAGUGUCUCCGUCUCUGCAUGAGACUGAGCUGACCAACGACGUUGAGCAGCAGGUCGAGAAGUUCGCUCGCAUGUCCCCGUACUACCCCACCGGGGACGGCAGCGCACCGUCUCCGCUGACGGCCGCUGGAUCCAUGUUCAUGGGCACCAAGUCCCAGACCUCUACGCUGUACCCUUGGAUCGUCUAA